AUGCUUAAUUUUCAGGGUCUUUUCAAAGCUGCUGGUAUUUUACUGAAAAGUCAAGGCAUUUUAUUUAUGUAUGGGGUAAGUCAGAGAAAAACAGAAAACGAUUUCUCUUUCCGUGUAAUUUUUAAAAAGAUUUCCAUUAAUGAAUUUCAUCGUACAAUCUAAACUAUUCUGAGGUUUAUACAUUUGAGUUCCUAACUAAUACUAUUUCUGGGGAUAGCCUAAAUGUUUUUUUAGAAACAUUUGCGUACACUUCUCUCUUAUAUUAUAUCUAUUUUGCUUCUGGUGUGUCCUGCUUCUUUUUCACAAACAACAACCCCCCCCCCCCCCCCCCCCCCGGCCCAUUUUUUUAUAUUAAGUCUUGAGUGAACGUUGAAAUUUGGUUAAAAGUUUUAUUUUUUCUUUAUGCGGAGGCCACUAUUAUAUUAAUUAAUAAAGAGCCACAUCUGUGGUGUAGGACUGUUUGUAGGUCUAUAGUUUAAAGGCAUGCAGGUAGUGUAGGCCUAUUGUUCAAAGGCUGACAGGUAGUGUGAAGGACUGUCUGUAGGCCUAUUGUUUAUAGAAAAUGAGAAGUUCACUUUUUUUUGUAAUACUUGGACACACCAGGUAUUUUCUCAAAACACCCUGUGUAAAAAAACUGCAUCCGGUUAAGCCCUAGUAUGAUACAAUUCAGUCAUCUACCAUUUGAAUGUCAAGAUUAACUACAAAGUAAAUAUCAUCUUUUUCAUUAAUGCAGAAAUACAAGUAAAAAAUUACUUGGUAAGCUCUGAAUGUUUAUUUAUAUAUAAGACACUCAAAUCAUCUGUUAUUUUUGUUUUCAUUUUUAAGGUAAGUCAAACUAUUUUAUUUUGACCUUAUUUCACUUUCAGCCAUUCAAGAUGUAUGGGAAGUUGGUACCAGAGAGCAACGUUCGUUUUGAUGCUUGUUUGCGAGCUCAGUGAGUUGAUUAUCACUAUUAUCAGUACAGUACAAUUUUGAAAACAAAUAUGAAUAAUUUAGAGAAAGCUUCAGAGAAUGUUGUUUAAAAGUAGAUGCAUAAUAUGAAUUAAACUUUAUCCUUAUGAUUCUGGCAGAGAUCCUUCUUGGGGUGUAAGAGAUGUUGCAGAUCUUGAGACGUUGGCUAAAGACAAUGGCCUAAAGCUUGAAAACAUGGUACUCACUAUAAAGCACUGAAAUCUUGUAAAAUUCUUUUUGUCUCUUCUUUUUCAACUACCUUAAUUGGAUUACAAUAAUAUAAUGUACUUGAUGAUCAAAAUUGCUGACUUUUCCCCCCCAACAGGUUGAUAUGCCAGCAAACAAUAAGUGUCUGAUCUUUAGAAAACUUGUCCGAAAUUCAAGCAUGUCUUAG